CUCCUAUGAUCCUCUGCAAUAAACAGGGAAUUAGAUUUCUACAAUCAAAUUCUUAACUUCUUUCUGGAAUUGUCUCGCCGCCUUCUCUAAACAAUUUGAAUAACUGGGAAGGUGACGUGAUAAUUUAUAGCUUAGGUCCCUUUUCCCUGGGUCCGGGGAGAUUCUAAUCAACCGACAAAAUGAUGAACAAGGUUGCUGCUGCGAGUGUAUCUCUAAUCCUGGUCGUGGGUGUUGUCAUCGGUUGCGUUAUUGGUUUUGGCCAUCGCUCGACCGGUCAUCAAGAAGAGGUUAAAAAUGAAGUCUCAGCAGGAAUGAAGGCCGUCGAGACACUUUGCGGCCCUACUGAUUAUAAAGAUGCUUGUGUCAGAAGUCUUACUCCAUUGGCUAAUAACGGAACCACCGACCCAAAAGAGCUUAUCAAGGGAGCAAUCCAGGUUAUUGCAGGAGAGGUUCAAAAGGCUGCUGAACAAUCUGUCGCGUUGGCAAAUGAUGCCAAGAACAGCAACAAUGCAACCUUGAAGGCUGCUCUUGAAAGUUGCAAGGGAUAUCUAGACUACGCAAUCAGCGACAUUGAAGAAUCCAUAACAGCGCUUGGUGAGAGUCAAAUAACUAGUAUCAGCGAUCUUACACCCGAGCUUAAGAAUUGGUUGAGUGCUGUGAUUUCACUCAAAGAAUCCUGCCUUGAUAACCUAGACGACAAUUCUGAGCUCAAGGACACAAUGCACAAAGGACUUCUCAACACAACCGAACUUACUGUUAAUGCUCUCGCUAUCGUUGAUGAAAUUGCUGGAAUUCUCAAAACCUUCAAUAUACCAAUUGAUCUCAACAUUACUAGCAGUACUUCAAGGAAGCUUUUAUCUACUGAGACAGAUAAAGAUGGAUAUCCCUACUGGUUCUCUGACGAUAGUCGUAGGGUUUUGGCAGCACAAGGAUUUGGUAACUUGAAACCUAAUGCGGUUGUGGCUAAAGAUGGCAGUGGUCAGUUUAAAACAAUUGCUGAAGCUCUUGCUGCAUAUCCAAAGAACCAGCCUAGAAGUGCAAAAUAUGUAGUCUAUGUUAAGGCUGGUGUCUACGACGAAUAUAUCACCGUCACCAAAGAACAGCAUAAUGUCUUCAUGUAUGGAGAUGGACCAACAAAAACUGUCGUCACAGGAAAAAAGAACGUCGCACUAGACGGUUACAAGACUGACAAGUCUGCUACUUUUGCUGUUGAAGGUAGGCAUUUCGUUGCUAAGUCUAUGGGAUUCGAGAACACCGCUGGUCCUGAAGGUCAUCAAGCCGUGGCUCUACGAGUGAACGCAGACAGAUGUGCAUUCUUCGACUGUAGCAUCACUGCAUACCAAGACACUUUGUACAUACAAAGCCAUCGUCAAUUCUACAGAGAUUGUACCAUCUCAGGAACAGUCGAUUUCAUUUUUGGUGACUCUGCAACAGUUAUCCAAAACUCGAAAAUCAUUGCAAGGAAACCCAUGGACAACCAGUUUAACGCAGUCACUGCUCAUGGAAGGUCUCAAGCACGAGAAACCACCGGUGUUGUUAUCCAGAACUGCGAUAUUAUAGCUGAACCAGAACUCUUACCCGUGAGUUCGAAAAUCCAAUCGUUCUUGGGUAGACCAUGGAAAGAAUACUCAAAGGCAAUUUUCCUUGAAAACAGAAUUGACGGUUUCAUUCAUCCAGAUGGUUACACACCAUGGCAAGGUACUUUUGCACUUGACACUUUGUACUAUGGAGAGUAUGCAAACACUGGUGCAGGAGCAGACACCUCCAAGAGAGUAAACUGGAAAGGUUUCCAUGUCAUUAAAGACAGAGCUGAAGCUCUUUCAUACACAGUUGCACCAUUCCUCACCGCACCACGUUGGUUGAAAGAAACCGGUAUUCCUUACACGGUUGGAUUGAAAGCAUAGAUGAUUAUGAUGAUGACAAUCAUUCAUGCACGGUUAUAUAUGUAACUAGAGAGAGAGAGAAGAUAAAAGGAGUUGCAUGCAGAAGAAAAAUGUAAACUUAUUUAGUAGACAUUUUUCAUCUUUGAAUAUAUGCCAACUCUUUUUGAGAUGAAAAACAAAUACAAAUGGUGGUUAGAAUUGUUGUAGUACAAAAAAUCUCAAGAAAAUCAAUGAACUUGGAUGAGAGAGUUCAAGAAUUCUUCCACUAUUUGUUAUUCAUUUUAUGAUAUGGCAAAAGAUGUAUAUUUAAUUGUAUCUACUAAUUAGUAAUUAGAAUUUGUGUCAUUUAAAUUAAA